UGCAAACAGAACGAGGACCUCUAUAUGCUUGAGUUCCAUAUGAAAGACCCAAAAGGCCGACAGACCGCCACGCAGCAGCUCUACCGACUCGCCACUGGCGAGGUUCCUCCAUCCCUGUUCCCGGAUCUGCGCCAGAUGCUGCAGCAGGAUGAAGAAGAGGCCCUGAAUCGUGAUGGCCGCUGUACCGGGGUCGAAGAUCGCGUAGAAUCCGCAGAGGAAAGCGACAUUGACUCUGACUCCUACGACGAGAACAACAGCGAGGAUGAUCGAGACGGCACGAGCUCAAAUGAGGGCGGCGGAGACGACGACGACGACGAUGCGGACGAGGAAGAUUGCGAUGAUGAUGGUGCCGAUGACGACGACGAUCUUGAGCUUGACGCCGAAGAAUAUAUCGAGAACGAAGACGGUGACAGCGACGGCAACGAGACUGACGACGAUUAUGACCGAUGUCGUCGGGAUGCCCGCCGGCCUGCUUUGCUGGAUCCCGAUGACUACUCUGGCGAGUAUGCAAUCGGGGGCCGCACAAAGUCUUCAAAGUAUGCCUCGCGAAGACAAAAGGUCCCGGCACAGAGCCGUCGUCGGCCACUCACGUCGGCAUCGACCAUGUCGACAGACACAUUCCUGUCGCUCCUUGCGCCGUCCUCCUCCGAAACAUCGCCGAGGAACACACAGACACUCGUAUACCACCGCUCGAAAUACGGGUCGAGGGGUGACAGUCGGCCAUCGUCAGGCGGCUCUUCUCUGCCCGAAACCUCGUGGGACGCCAGGAACAUCGACUCUCAAAUCCUGAGGUCGGUCACAGCCAUGCCUGCGCCGGGGUAUCAUCGAAGAGUGAUCCAGGGCAAGAUCCGUCCGGCAACAGCUAUUUCGGUGAUGCGCCUUGCGGGGGGAGCCACACCCAUGAUCAUCGUACCGAAGCACCGCCCGGCCUCGGCAUAUGUCCCCCUUCGUACACCAUCCCCGGUCCUGCGACAGACACCGAGCCCCCAGCCGUCCUCACCGUCUCGGUCUCCCCAGACCCCAUCAAGGCCGCGCAAGUCUUCCAAACGAGAGUACUUAUCUCCAACCCCACCGCCCUUCGAGCCAAACAUGCCCGGGCGCCGCGGGCGCAAGAUUCGCAAGAAAGCCGUUCGGUUUGACGUGACGGCGACAGACAUGGGCGAUGGCCGCCAGGGCCGAGAGUCUGACCUUGAGUGUCUGCUGCCGCUCAUCAACCUGCCACCACUCAGCGACCAUUCAUCCAUCCUGACGCAGCUAAACCAAGAGCUUGUCGAGUUUCAGACCUUUCUCCCUCGGCUUGCACAGAUUCUUCCGCCGCCAAGCAGCGAGGGGGAUUUGUGCGAGAGUCUUGCGCGGCUCUCGGAGCCGGUCGCCCCACGACGGCCAGGAACCUUCAGCCCCAGAAAGCGCUCGUCCACACCACAUAUUCCGCCCGCAAACCAGAAGCUGAGAUGCGCGCUGUGCAAGAAGAAGCUUGGACUGGCAGCGUGCUUCAAGUGUCGCUGCGACGAGACGUUUUGCUCUGUGCAUCGAUACACGGAUCGUCACCAGUGUCCAUAUGAUUACAAGGAGGCUGGCCGCAUCACCCUAGCGAAGGAGAACCCACUCAUCAAGAACGAAAAGGUGCAGAAGAUAUGAUUCGAGCGGCGUUACACACAGAGGCAGCAGUGGCAAACCGAAGAAUACACUGCUAACAGCCCCUGGCGGUCAUGAAUGAGGCCGACUCGGAUGCCGUGCAUCUCCAGAGCUCCGCUCCAGCAGGCGGAGGACGCACUGCUGCGACGGUAUUGCUGUUGGAGACGGAUCACUGCGUGCUGCAGAUUUGAUAUCGGGCCGCUGGUGUUACUUUGGAUGCCAUCGCCAAAUAUUGGUUAUUUCGGUGAACGCGAAUACUAUU